CAGAGAGUAAAGGAGAGACAAACUCAUCGAGUGAGAGGGAGAUCAAGGGAAAGAAGAAUCAGAGAGAUCACUGUUUGUGUGACCCUGUCCAGCAGAACCAUGAGUGGAUGUCCGUACUUCCAGAGGAGAGUCCUAGAGAAGAACGAGGAGGAAGAGAGAGAUGACUCUCAGGAGGGAACCAACAAAGCCAGUGAAGGAGGGAUCAUCUAUGGAGAAUACCUGCAGCUGGAUAAGAUUGUGGCUGCCCAAUCUCUUCAGAGUGAAUUGAAAGGCAAUAAGAUUCAUGAUGAGCACCUAUUCAUAGUUACCCACCAAGCGUAUGAGUUGUGGUUUAAGCAGAUCUUAUGGGAGCUGGACUCAGUGAGGGAUAUCUUCAUAAGCGGAGACGUGAAAAAUGGACGUAACAUGUUGAAGGUGACAACACGCACCCAAAGAAUCAUCAAAAUCUUCAAACUCCUGAUCGAACAGUUUGCUAUCCUGGAGACUAUGAGUGCAUUGGACUUCUUUGACUUCAGGGAGUACCUGUCUCCAGCCUCUGGCUUCCAAAGCCUGCAGUUCCGUCUCCUGGAGAACAAGUUCGGCAUUCCCAAUGAGCGGCGGGUUCCCUACAACCGACAGCACUACCGGGAGAACUUCCAUGGCCAGGAGAGAGAGAUGCUCCUCCGCUCUGAGCAGGAGCCCACGCUGCUGCGGGUGGUGGAGCAAUGGCUGGAAUGUACCCCAGGCCUUGAGGAGAAAGGAUUCAACUUCUGGGGAAAACUGGAGGCCAACAUCACUGAGGAACUGAAGAGGGAGAGCGAGAAACUAGAGAUGAGACCAGAGUCAGAGGACAAAGAUGAGCAGAUGAAGGAUUUAAUCAAGCAGAGAGACCUGUUUACAUCCCUGUUUGAUGAACAAAGACAUGAAGACCUGAUGAGAAAAGGUGAGCGACGGCUCUCAUAUAAAGCAUUUCAGGGCGCGCUCAUGAUCUACUUCUACAGAGAGGAGCCUCGCUUCCAGGUGCCGUUCCAGCUGCUGACCUCCCUGAUGGACAUUGACGCCCUGAUGUCCAAAUGGAGAUACAGCCACGUGUGCAUGGUGCACAGGAUGAUUGGCAGUAAGAUGGGAACAGGUGGAUCCUCAGGGUACCAUUACUUGCGUUCCACCAUAAGUGACCGUUAUAAGGUGUUUGUGGACCUGUGUAACCUGGCCAACUUCCUGGUGCCACGCCACUGGGUGCCCGAACUCAACACCGCAGGGGACUCCGUCCUCUCCACCACCAACACCUGCCGUGGAUGAUCUAAAUUUGAUUUAAUGUUUACUAUUGUUUUGCACUUUUACUUUACAUUGUACUUUUGUAAGUGACAAUGAUGAGUUAUUUAGACAGGGUGAAAGAUAUACCAGAUUGCUGUGUUAAGAGUCUCAAAAGACUACAGUCUCAAAAGACUCCAAUCAUGAUUCUGCUGUUAGCAAUGCUCUGCAGUGCAACAACAGUCAUUCAUUUAUUCUUUCAUUCAUUGUGAGUUACAUGCAUUCAGACUAUGUAAUCAGACGUUGUCAGUCAGCUGCCGUGGAUGAUCUAAAUUUGACUUAAUGUUUACUAUUGUUUUGCACUUUUACUUUACAUUGUACUUUUCUAAAUGACAAUGAUAUGUUUUUUAGAGUGGGUGAAAGAUCUAUCAGAUUGCUGUGUUACGAGUAUCAAAAGUCUCAAAAAUGGCCAUUAUGACAUGUAUAAUUUAUAAUUUAUUUAAUGUUAUCUAUGUUUUGCACUUUUACACUCCGCUUUUGUA